UCAGGGCUUCAAAGCCAAUCUGUGGCUCUGAAAACAAAAAGCCAUUUCCUACAGCAGCGCAAAGAAACCCUUCAGUGUGAAAUUAUUCUCAGUGGAGUGGCUCUCUUUGUUCUUUGCUCGCUGUGUUUUUGGACCGCAGCUCCUCUCGGCUGAAGAAAGUAAAUCAGAUGAGUUUAUUAAAGGCAUUUUAAGAGUAAUUAAUAGCGCUCGUCUGAUUUUUACAUCCGACCGGCGGGUCGUUUUUGCGCUUGUGGGAUUGAGAGUGUUGUCUCUGUGUCAGCAUAUUGAUUUUGAGUGACAGGUGACAUGUAAUAACAGCGGUGCGAUGAAAGCAGUGCCCUGUUCCCUAGAUACCCUGGAUGAGAGUCUGUGAAAUCAAGAGGUUGCUGAGUGCUCUCUCACUCCCCCCUCUCUGGAGUUGUCAGGCGGCUUUGACAGGGGACGUAAAGGACCAGUGGUGUGUGAGAUUCGGUAGUUAGAAGCACAGCCCACUGGAGGGAGAGGCUUUGAGGAGGGAGAGCGAGGGAGGCGUCGGAUCGAUCGCGGGACUGACACGGAGCGGGUGCCAUGUGGACAGGGACCUCUGUCUGUCCUUUGGGACUAUGAGAAAGCCAAUGAGUCUUUAAAACAGGGAGGGCUGAGGAUGUGAAUGUGCACUUAGACAAAGACGAAUGCUGAGCUUUUUAUACUUGCAAAGUGAAUAAGUUCUUUGGUGUAUUGUUUGGUGUGAGCGCUCAGCCAGUUUUAGAUACUGAUUCCAUGAAGAAAUUAGACACCUUGGCAUAUUCUAAGGAGGCUGUUUCUCCGAUGUCCCAGUACUCCAGAAGAAGCCCAUGCUAACAGUGCGUGGACUGAACAACACCAUUUCAUUAAGAGCAGUGCCAAACAUGUGAGAAGAUGUCUGUUGGAGGUUGUGCUUGCCCAGGCUGUUCGUCCAAGUCGUUCAAGCUGUACUCCCCCAAGGAGCCCCCCAACGGUAGUGCCUUCCCUCCAUUUCACCCAGGCGCAAUGCUGGAUAGAGAUGUGGGUCCGACGCCGAUGUAUCCCCCCUCUUACAUGGAGCCUGGAAUAGGGAGGCACACACCGUAUGGAAAUCAAACAGACUACAGAAUAUUUGAGCUCAACAAAAGACUACAGAAUUGGACAGAGCAGGACUGUGACAAUUUGUGGUGGGAUGCUUUCACUACAGAGUUUUUCGAGGACGAUGCAAUGCUGACGAUCACUUUCUGUCUGGAAGAUGGGCCCAAACGAUAUACUAUUGGUAGGACGUUGAUCCCUCGAUACUUCAGGAGUAUUUUUGAGGGUGGGGCCACUGAACUCUUCUAUGUGCUGAAACAUCCCAAGGAGUCUUUCCACAAUAACUUUGUGUCACUUGACUGCGAUCAAUGCACCAUGGUUACACAGAACGGCAAACCCAUGUUCACACAGGUGUGUGUGGAGGGCAGACUGUACCUCGAGUUUAUGUUUGAUGACAUGAUGCGUAUAAAGACAUGGCAUUUCAGCAUCAGACAACACAGAGAAGUCGUGCCAAGGAGCAUCCUGGCAAUGCAUGCCCAAGACCCCCAAAUGCUUGACCAGCUAUCAAAAAACAUCACAAGAUGUGGCUUAUCUAACUCUACGCUGAACUACCUCCGACUUUGUGUAAUCCUGGAGCCCAUGCAGGAGCUGAUGUCCAGACACAAGACGUACAGUCUCAGCCCACGAGACUGCCUCAAAACCUGUCUGUUUCAGAAAUGGCAGCGAAUGGUGGCCCCACCAGCCGAGCCAGCGAGACAAGCCCCCAACAAGCGGAGGAAACGAAAAAUGUCCGGCGGCAGCACCAUGAGUUCCGGAGGGGGCAACAACAACAAUAACAGCAACAGUAAAAAGAAAAGUCCAGCCAGCAGUUUUGCGCUCUCCAGCCAGGUACCUGAUGUGAUGGUGGUGGGAGAGCCCACUCUGAUGGGAGGGGAGUUCGGGGACGAGGAUGAGCGGCUCAUCACACGGCUGGAGAACACACAGUUUGAUGCGGCCAAUGGCAUCGACGACGAGGACAGUUUCAACAGUUCCCCCGCCCUGGGCACCAACAGCCCCUGGAACAGCAAAGCUCCCUCCAGCCAGGAGAGCAAAAAUGACAACCCCACCUCACAGUCAUCGCAGUAGAAGUGUUAGGGGCUAGCGAAAGGCUCGAGGACCCCCUCGCUCGCAAGACUUCUGCCUUGAUGAGUCCACAAUUGGCCACGCGAGAAAUUGGCUCUCCUCAUCCUCCUCCUCCUCUGUCGCCGUCAGACAUUCCGUUUUGUUGAUUCUUUGGUUUCUUUUGAGAGUCGUUUUUCAACGCCGUCCGUUUCUGUGUCUCGAUCAGGCUUAGCGAUCAGGCUGUGGGUUAUUGUUCCAACCUCGGGUCUCUCUGUGCGUGCUGUGCUUUGACACGCAUGGCCGUUUCUGUUGUGCUCACUUGACAGGAAAGGAUCACUUUUUAUCUGACCGUUUAGUGAUAUGACCAUUGUGUGCACCUCAGAUUCAAACCCAAAGCUCCAUUUUUAAAAACUCAAUUAUUUGUUUUGUAGGACCUGGUUGGAACAAAAACCUGUACAGUUCCGGAGCUUGAGGACCGGAGUUGAGAACCACUACGUAAAGUCCUUUAAGUAAAGCUAAAUAAAGUGUAAAGCAUCGAGGUUCUUGAGUUUGGUCAUGCCCGAAAUGGUCACUGAGAGCUUGCCUGACCAUUACGCCAGACUCAAAAGAAGUGUUUGAUUUUUGUUUUUGUUUUUUUGUUUUUUAAAUUGUUUGCAUUCUGUUUAAUUUCUUGUUCUUUUUUUUUUUUCUUUUUUAAUUUUUAUAACGAUUUCUAAAGUGAAAAAAUAAGCAAGCAAACAAAAACUCUAAAUAUCCUUUGCACUCUUGUCACUGUAUUUUGGAUCUAUUUUUCUUAAAAAAUGAUUAUGAUGAAUUUUGUUCUUAUUAAAACAAAAAAAUCGAUAAUCUUUAACUGGAAAACGCUGUCAAUCUCAAUGUAAAAUAACAAAUUUUGUAUCGUUACUGUUAUCAAUAUUAUUGUAAGUAGAUGCUACUUUGCUCUAAGCUUUACACCUAUCUGUCUUUGUUUUAAUCAUCUUUGAAAAUGAGAUUACAUGAUCAUAGCAUGUUUGUCUGGGAACUGCAUGUGUCAGACAUUAGCUAUCGCAGCUGCAACAGUCUCAUUGUUCGCAGGAUCUAAAUCCUACACUGUUAGUACAACGGCUGGUGGCACAUUUUGUCCUAAGACCGUAGCUAUGAACAUUUUGUUUCCUGGAGAUUUUUUGCCUAUUGAAAAGAACAAGCCGAUCACACCAAUUAGUUUGCUUUGAAAGUCUAGGGAAAACAUCAAAUUAGUAUGCCAGCCUUUUUUUUUUUUUUUUUUUUAUUUUAAUUUUUUUUUUUUUACCCGAUGCUACAGACCAAGGAGCAAGAUCCUUUAAUCGACACAUUUAUAUAAUGUUUUAGUUUUUCUUUUUCAUCAUUUCGUUUGUGUAUUUGUGAUUGUAUAUUUAAGAUUGUAGCCAAGUUCUGUAUAAGUGUCAUUCUAUUUACUCUUCUUAGGACCCCUGUGCCCCCUUCACCCCUUAAUAUGUCAAAAGUAAAGCUGAACCUCUCAUUUCAAAUCGUUUCUAGAUGCGUUAAAGGUACUACUACCUUUCACACAAGAAGGUAGAUUAUAGUUUUUAAGUCAAUGUACAAUGUAUUUAUUUUUUUAAAGUCUUUGCCAUUGCAUUAUAUUGAGACGAUACAUGUUGCUGUGUAUUUGAUGUUGCCUUUGUACAUUAUUUCACUUAUGUUUUUGUUUUUUUCCUUAACCUAAGAGGAUAUACAAUCUCUUGAAUUAAUCAUUAAGAUUUCUUAUUAAAAUUUGGAUAAUUAAAACAUAAUCGGAUCAAUAAUUCCAAGAAGCCCCUUUGAGAUUAUUAGGUUUUAAAACACCAGAGGGCACUCCAUUGUAAGGCUUCCGCCGACUUACGAAAAUGUUCUAAGACUAUAUUUAAAUGUAACCAUUAUAAGGCAUACAAAUCCGAAAUUUAUUUUUUUCCAAUGUCAUUUGUGAAAUAUACAGUGUUGUUUCCGGUUCAUUUCUCAAAUCGGCCAUGAAGCAGGUGUGCUCUUUUCUGUGUUUUCAGAGCACCUUUGUUUGUGGUUGUUUUACAGAUAUAUUUUUGCCUCUUGUCUGCCAUUGACAGUUGAUUAUAUGGUACCAAUAAAACACAUUUUCACAAGCUA